UCCGGAACAGUCGACGCAGUUUCGCUCCCUGCCGCUGGUAGCAGCGCAGUCACUUUCAAACAUUUACAGGAGUAAAGUCGAGCUUCUUCAGAGUUUCGAGUUUUCUCUCUGUCUCCAGGAUCUCAAUUCAGGAUGUCUGUCACUGUGUCCAAGGUUGAUGGAGUCACUAUACUCACCUUGACCUCUGACCCUAAUAGCCCUUGGCCUCCUCUGUGCCAGAUCCUCAAGAACCUUUGCAGCAGUCCAGUGUGCUGCAAAGUGUCUCAGCACCUGAGGCGCCUCAAAAGACCUUCUGAGAUAGUGCUGGGGACUCUGCAGAUUAUGAUUGGGCUUCUCAAUGUUGUCCUCGGAUCAAUCCUUAUAAGCCAACACGAUGGAUCAUGGACCAUGAGUUAUACCGGCUAUCCUUGUUGGAUGGGAGGGUUGUUCAUCAUGUUUGGAAUUGUCAGCAUUUUGUCUGACAAGUAUCCAAGUCCAUGUCUGGUUAUCGUCAAUGUGAUUCUGAAUCUGACUGGCGUUGCUUUUGCCAUUGCAGCUAUUGUGCUGUAUAGCAUCAGUGUAUCUAAUCUAUAUUGGCCGGAAAUGUGUUAUGAAUGCUACGGCGGCAAAACAGUAAUUAUGAUGCUCUACAGAAGCAUCAUUGCUGUGCUAAUUGUGCUGUCAGUCCUGGAGCUCUGCGUCACCAUCAGCUCAGUCGUCUUGGGGAUCAAGAGUCUGAAGAGCAAAGAAAAGGGACAAACCAAGAGCACUGAUGACCCAGAGCUCUACAAACCACUUCUCGAGGAAGUUACCACUAAGCCUACAGUCUGAAUGUAAUUGUGCUGUGAGGAAUUGUAAGCAUGUGCCUUCAUAGCUCUGACUCUGUACUACGACUAUAUUGGUCCAUGUUACAUAAAAAUAACGGAAUCUGUUGCACAUUUCAUCAGCAUUUGACUACAGACGUGAGGGCUGUAGGUCUUUAGUCAUUGAAGCUGAGGCACUAAGGCAACACUGUCUAUAUACUUUUGGCAGUGAUGUUAUUAUUUUAGUUGUGACCAUCAUGGAUGCAAUGUGUUUUAGUGGCGAAAGCAAUCACUUCUAACAUUAUAACUAUGCUUAAAAAAGUGAUCACAUUUUUAAGCAUAGUUAUAUUUAGAAUAAACUUAUUUAAAAUUUUAUAAUGAUAUCUAAUUUGAAGGAGGCUCCAGGGCAGACCCAGGACUCACUGGAGAGAUUAUAUCUCUCUGCUGGCCUGGGUGUUCCCCCGGACAAGCUAGAGGGGGUGGCUGGAAAGAGGGAGGUCUGGCUUCUCUGCUUGGGCUGCUGCCCCCGUGACUCAGCCCCGGAUAAGCGG